UUAAAUGUUAAGGUGCUACUCAGCUCAUUCUGUUUCUACUGGGAACACUUGAAGUGCGCCAUGGACGUGCCCGCGCUCAGACCUCUGCUUCUGCUUGUCCUCUUGUCCGGUUUGACGGUUUGCCAAGAGGACAUCCUCCCGCACGGCCCAAUAGAAGCGCUUGUGGGGAGCAGUGUCACCCUGAAAACGCUACUGUCCAAACCAGACUUCACUUUUAUCUUGUGGAACUUCAACAACGGAGAGGAGCAGACGCACAUCUCCACGCUCGGAGCGCAGGGCCUGAACACGAACGCCCCGUACACUGGCCGAGUGAAUAUUAGCGCUGACGGACACCUGAGCCUCACUGGGCUCAAGGCCACGGACAGCGGAGAAUACAGCAUCAGCGUCGUGUCCGCGUCUGGAGCCACGAAGACGGCCGAGAUAGAGCUGCGGGUGAUCGAGCCGGUAUCCGAUGUCAUGGUGAAGUCGAACAUUCCCGAGGCCAUAGAGCUAAACUCCACUGUGGUCCUGACCUGCACCGCCAAAGGAUCCUUCCUCAAGUUCAGCUGGCUCAAUGGCACAACGGCAAUUGUACCAGAUGGCAAACACAUAACCGUUGAAGAGGGGGAUUCGUCUACCGCACUCUCUGUCUUAUCUGUGCAUCGCACAGACCUGGUUGGUCCCCUCUUUUGCUCCGCCUCCAACAGCCUGUCGUCAGGGAAAAGCUCCGCCUUCAACUUAACCGUCUACUAUGGACCAGAGGAGGUGACCAUCUCUCCGGCCUCUCCUCCCGAGUUUGUGGCCUCCAAAUCAGACUUCAGCCUGACGUGUGCAGCGCGGUCCAACCCUGCGGCCUCCUUCUCCUGGUUCCAAGGGGACAAACCCAUCGAAGCGUCUGGAGCUGUGCUGUCACUAAGUGACAUUGAAAAAAAAGGCCUUGGCCAAACCAAGGCUCUGUACAGCUGCAAGGCCUCCAACACCAAGACCAAGAGGGAGGUCGCAUCAACCGCCGUCUCGUUCACUGUUAUAGAGCCUGUCUCAGGUGUUAAACUCUCUGCUCCAUCUGAACUGUUAUUCGCGGGGAACAGUUCGGCUAACCUGAGCUGUGAGGUGGCUAAGGGCUCGGUGCAGGAUGUGGCCUGGCUGAAGGAUGGCACUGUACUGACCUCUAGUGGAAGAGUGUUUUUUCCAGCGGACUUGAGGUCGGUCCAGAUCAGCCCACUGCAGAAGGAGGACAACGGAGAGUACACGUGCACAGUGUCCAACCCGGUCAGCAGUGAGUCAGCCAAGGUCAAACUCCCUGUGAUCUAUGGCCCAGAGGCUGUGGAGCUGAGCGGAGAGUCGGAGGUGGAGGUUACAGAUCCGCUCAAACUGGAAUGCUCCGCCCCCUCUGUCCCACCCGCAAACUACACCUGGACAUUCAACGGCACCAAAACCACCGUCACAACAAGUUACUACAUCAUUGAAAAAGUGACCUUCUCCAACACAGGAACCUACAAGUGUGAAGCCUACAAUGCUCUGACUGGGAAGACCUCCUCCAAGACCCAUAUGCUCGCAGUCAGAGGAGAGGGCGAGCUGGACGAUGGGCUGUCGGACGGAGCCAUCGCCGGGAUCGUGAUUGGAGUUUUAGCUGCGGUUGCUCUUGCCAUUGGAUUGUUCAUCUACUGUCGACAGAAAGUGCCUGUGGAGUCUCCAUAUUAAAAACAACCUGAACGACCUCCUGGACAAGCUGGACCUGUACUGACGUCUCCCCACUCUUGACCACACUGCUGUGAACGGACUGCAUUACCCGUGAUGCACUGCUCAAUGUUACCCACGAUGCACCGCUCAUCAGCUGCUCAGGGUGGAGGGAGACGCGAACAUUUAAACCCCUAAAACACUGGAUUCUAACUCUUUUGGAUGAUUUUUCUCGAGCAGUACUACACUUCCCAUGAUCCUUUGCUUCUCACUCUUUCUUGGCGUUGGAUACUACCGUUCUUCUCAAAGGGACUUAAAUCUUUGUUUUUGUUGAGAGACAUUUUAUUUGGUUGGACACUUGGGACAUUGGCUGCAUUGAGGAUGUUUGAUGAAAUGUUUUGAUGAACUUUUCAGGUUAAGAGGAGUUUUGGAGCUCAGAAUUACCUCACGCUAAAACCAAAAUCCAUCCGUGAAAAGAAGAAGCCACUCAUAUCAGUUGUGUGUUAUUGUUCAAAAGAUUGUGACCUGUCCCCUGCUCUGCUACAGAUUACGAUAAAGUGAAUACUUUUAAAAUAAUUUAAAUUUAAGAAUGGCUUUAGGGUUGAUAUGUGUCUGUGCCGUGGUGCCAGUCUCCUGUGGUAGUUCAGUACAUAUGGCAGAUUAGUCGGACCUGCCGCACACAUAGUAGAGUUCCAUAACUGUUAAUUAGCAACCAUAACUGUUACUUAACAACCAUAAUGUUAACAAGAGCCAAAACUAAACAGUACAAUAGCCUAGUUAUUGUUUCACUAAUAACAACAACAAUUUAUUUAGUUAAAAAUUGACUUUUGUGAACUUUAAACAAUGUUAGAACAUUGUUACCUUAUGUUGUUUUGUUUCAUUCACACAUGGUUGAGUAAGUAGUCUGUCCAAAGCUCAAAAUGCUCUGUUCCACCUUGUGAUGUCAUGAAGUGGAAUACGUUGUGUGGAGUGUUUUUAAACGUCAUCAAUAGUCCCAAGAUCAGAUAGAUCCCGACUCAAAUCAGAGACCAGAUUGUCAAUUUUGUUUUUAAGAAUGACAGAAUAACAUUAUGACCACCUGCCCCCAAAACUGUGCAGUAUCAGAGGGUCUUUAGUCCUGCUUUAGUCCUGCUUUAGUCCUGCUUUAGUCCUGCUUUAGUCCUGCUUUAGUCCUGCUUUAGUCCUGCUUUAGUCCUGCUUUAGUCCUGCUUUAGUCCUGCUCUAGUCCUAGUUCUGCUUUAGUCCUGUUUUAGUCCUAGUUUAGUGCUGCUUUAAGGCUCCGCCCACAAGCCUACAUCACCCUUGCUAGUACACAACAAUUUUCCAUAAAUAUACAAAAACAUGAUACAAAACAAUACACUACAAGUUCACAAACUUGGUGUGAUGUGCAGCAGUUUGAUUAGUGGGAUGCAACUGAUCGUGUUAAAUGAAGUGGGAGUGAUUUAGAGUGGAAAGCGGGAGGGGAGACUCAGAGCGUCAAAAACAAAUGUGAAACUUAUAAAACAUGUGAAUAUGUUGUUUUUGGCAAAUAUUGCCAAAACAACAUGUACCUAAAACAAUAAAGGGUAACAUGGUGAUCUAAAUAUGCUACACAUUAGCAGUGUUGGCACACCCCACCCCAAGUGUAAUAGUCCCUCUAAGACCUGGUUUAGUUCUUGUCUAGUCCAGGUUAAGUCCUGGUCUAGUCUCAGAACAUGGAGCAGCAGGUUGUCAUAAUGUUGUUUUUUUUGUUUGCUUUUUUGUUUUGUUUUUUUUUCACUGUGCUAAGUCCAAACUGGUGCAGAAAUUGACUAAAAUGGCCCAGAUAAGUUAUUUAAUACCAAACUAAAUCUGCGUCUGUAGAAAUUCUGUAUAUAAUGUCCCAUUGUACAAACUAUUGACUCAAGAACAAUAAAAAAUUAGGUCCACAAAAUUGGUUGAAAAACACUUGAAUUACAAACAUUUAAUAUUCACAUGAGUAACUUCAAAACUCAAAAUCAAAGGUAAGAAGUUAUUUCUGAGAUUAUUCACAAAUUAUCAUAUUAAAAUGCUUAUGGCAGGUUGGACUUCUACUAAAACAAAGUUAAGAUCAUUAUAUUUACAAUUUAACUCAAGAUUUGACUUUUUUCUCCCAAUUGAUCCAUUGUUUAGGUUUGAAAUUUUACUUCCUGGUUAGAAAUCUUGACACCACACUAGGGUUUUCCUUAACUGUUACCUAGCAACCACACUGUGUAGUACACUAAAAUAAGAAAACACAUUUAUUUUGUUGAAAUAAUGCUUCAGUAUCAAAAGAUGUGAUUCUGGGUAAAGAUUGUGCUGAAAUUUUGCACAGAAUUUUCCAAGUGUGAUGUCAUUAAUGUGGAACUUUCUCAAAUAGAGUAAUUCAAUUUUUCAACUUUUCUUCAAAAAUUGCUUAAAAAAUAGCUGAGUAAAAAUCAGUUCUCCUUCUGUUAAUCUUCCUUUAGUCCUACUUUAGACCUGGCUUAGUCCUACUUUAGACCUGGUUUAGUUCUGCUUUAGUCCUGCUUUAGUCCUGCUUUAGUCCUACUUUAGUCCUGCUUUAGUCCUGCUUUAGACCUGCUUUAGACCUGCUUUAGUCCUGCUUUAGUCCUGCUUUAGUCCUGCUUUAGUCCGGGUUUAGCCCUGGUUUAGUCCUGGUUUAGGCCUUCUUCUGUCAUUUAUAUCUAAACCAUUUGUUGUGCUGAAGUCUGACGUCAUAAUGCUGAUAUAAACAUAUGCACUUUAACUCGUACAGUGCCUUAGUAAAAUGCAUGUCUCCCAACGAAGCUGCACUGUAUAACUGUUCUAAUGGAGAGUCCACGAUAUGUUUCUAUGGAAAUGUUAUUGCAUCCCAGAGAAGGCCCCGCCAUAUGACAUUAAACACAUCUACAGGGAGAGUUCUAGAAUCUAAGCAAAAACAAUAAUAUCUCCAUGGGGACAAGCAGGUGGUGGACUCUCCCAGAAAAGUUACUCCUUUAAACUCUAGAUAAAUGAUAUGAACUGGUCUGUGGAGCUCUCAGACGCAGUAUUGUAGGAAACAUUAGCUCUGAUUGUGAUGUUUGGUGCUGUCAUUACAUAGAUUAGUGUUUAUCAGUGUGCAGUACUUUUGGAUAGAUGCUCUGUGUAUGUCGUUAUCACAGACUGUAUAAAGUGGAUGGGGGGAAUGAUACAUUCAGCUCCAGUCAAAUAAAGCUCAUUGACGCUAGCAGUUAUAGUGGCUAAUCUGGAAUUCUGACCACGGGUCUCAUAGCAACACGAGAGCCAGUCGAGCUCGAGAGUGUUGAAGGUAACACCCCUUUCCACCCGCAGCACUGGUUUGGCAGGGAGAAUGUAUGCUUGUCACGAUAAUCACUAUGUUGACAUAUCCUUCAGUACACGAAAGUUGGAACAUUAUUUUUGGCAGCCAAUAUUUAUCAUGGUAGUUUUUGUUCUUUUUUUAUACUACAAUUAGAUUUCUGACUUCGACUUCAUUCUGCCAUUUAUGUUUUUCAGCUAAUAUUUUGUUACGAUAUUGUACAUUUGUAAUAUUUUUGGAGGAUCGUGGGUUUUUUUUUUUUUUUUUUUUGGUUAUUGUUCCAUUUGCGAUUUGACCUGUUUCCUCACUUUUCUACAAACUCGCAAAAGCCUCCCAGUGAGUGAUACUGGUGCAUUGGAGGGUGCUCAUCUCCAUGGAGAUGUUAUUGUUUUGCCUGGUAUGUUCCGCAAAAUGUUAUCAAAAUGAUCAAGUUUCUCCGCCUGCUCCGGAAGUAAAUGAAGCAGAAUAUGAUUUUCUUUUAGGUCUUUCUCUGAUGUAUUUUAAAUUACCGCAAUGUUGAAAUUUAAAAUGUUCACUUGUACAGGAGUAGUAGAUACUGAUACACAAUCCUAGAGUGUCCUCGUACAGUUGUCAGUGUGUGACAAUAACGAAGAUGUGAAAUUAUUUAUUUGAAUAACUUUACAUAUAAGUCGCAUCUGAGUAUAAGUUGCACCCCUGGACAAAGUCCGGACAUAGUCCGGAAAAUACGAUACAUGUUUCCAGUGAGAGGGAAAAGCCAACCUCCAGACACAAGGACAACAUGCAAACAGGGAAACGUGCUGCUUGUGCUAAACGUAUUCUUUUAGUUCAUAUUGAUAUAGUGAUUCUAUAGUCCCACUCUGCUUUGCCUCCACCUGGUUGUCUUCUGUCCAUAGACUGUAAAGAAGUGGACUAAGUUAAUGGGACUUCACCCACAGCAUUCACAAUUCUCUUUUGUGGGAGAGUUCCUCUGGACCUCAGUCCACCAUGCAUCUCCAUCUCAAAGCCACUAACCACUCCUUUGAAGAUGGUGAAGUUCAGAUCUUAGCCAGAGAAAAUAAAUGGUUUGAGAGAGGAGUUAAAGAAGCUAUUUUUGUUAGGAAAGAGAAUCCUUCCUUAAACAGAAAUGAGGGCCUGAGACAUAAUCUCUCCCCCAUCUAUAACACCAUCCUUAGACCCAGAACAAUAGCAGGGUCGUUAAGGGCUGAAUAGGUUAGUCUCAGCUGAAACUGGAGACAAUAGCUGUUUACAGUUUCAGUGUGGUUAGCCCCUCCCCUCAGAUAGAUUUAAAGGCAGUGGCCACCAGCAUUCUGACCAGAACUGAAGAAGUGCUUGGAUGAGCAGCGAAACGUCUUCACUCCUAGAAGAUUUGUCCAAUUGACAAGACUUAACUUUGUUGUUUGCUAUGGAUCAGACCUGGACCACUGAGGGUCUACACAGACCUCUGGUGAUAUACUUCACUCUGCCCCCUCCUGCUUCACCUGUGCCACUGCAGUUCUGGUGAUAUACUUCGCUCUGCCCCCUCCUGGUUCACCUGUGCCACUGUAGCAUUGGCGAUAUACCCACUGCCCACUGCUGGUUAUCUUCUGGAGCAUCAGCGAGUCUGAACACGUAUCUAAACAUCAGGGAAAAUGUGUUGAAAGUCUGGGAAUUAUUUAGAAUAUGUGGAUAGGAAGGGGUGGAGCUCGUGCUUAAUGACAGACCACUGACUACACUGUAAAAAGGAGUCUCUGAGAAAUGUAUAUUUUAUGGUUGGAACAAGAUUAAAAUCCUCUAAAAAUGUCUCAGAAUGCCACUUGUGUUUUGUUUCUCAGUUUUGUGAUUUAAUGUAGCAAGAACU